AAAUAUGUUCAAGUUUACCCUGCAAAGUUUGUUCUAGGUUACUGCUCAAUUUACAUAUUCAUGCAGACAUUUAUGAUUCCUGGGACAAUUUUCAUGUCCUUACUAGCUGGACCACUCUUUGGUGUCAAAGGCACUUUUUUGGUUGUCUUUAAUGCCACAGCUGGUGCAUCUUGCUGCUAUUUUCUAUCUAAACUUAUUGGCAAGCCUAUUGUUACUUGGUUAUGGCCUGAGAGAUUGAGAUAUUUCCAGGCUGAGAUAGCAAAGCGGAGAGAGAAGUUGAUUAAUUACAUGCUCUUUUUGAAAGUUACCCCAACAUUACCAAAUCUUUUUAUCAAUCUGGCAUCACCUAUUGUGGAUAUACCAUUUCAUAUUUUCUUUCUGGCAACUGUUAUUGGUCUUAUUCCAGCGUCCUACAUUACAGUUAGGGCUGGACUUGCUCUUGGAGAUCUAAAAUCAUUCAAAGAUCUAUAUGAUGUUAAAACCUUGGUGUUGCUUUUCCUCAUUGGGUCUCUUUUAUUAGUUCCAACCCUUUUGAAGAGGAAACGCAUAUAUGAAUGGGAUGUUAUGAGCUUCCACACAUCUUUAUGGAGAUGGAGCACGAGAUGAUUUAACUUCUCACUGUACUUGCAUUUUUAUAACCAGGCCCCCGAGGAUGCAGGACCAUGUUUCUACACUGCUGCUGAGUGCUCAAAAAGUAAUUUACUUUUGCUUGUGAUACACGAGUUUGCUCAAUCACUCUACUACAGCUCAAAGACAGCAAUUCAUUUUUUAUUCAAAUUUAUGUUUUUGGAUUAAGUCACAUCCUUCCUGGGUUUUAUCUAAAAUCAUGUGACAGAAAUCCUGGGUAGGGAUGAUACAAUUAUGUAAAUAUAGAAUUUGUUUCAAAUAUCAGUAUAGCAUCACGGAGAAGUUAUUUAAGUGAUAUAAUAUGAGAUCUCUUUAAUGGUGAUGUACAAUAUUGUGAAAGUUCAUUCUCCUCUGCUGUUGGAAAAGUAUGAGAAAUUGCUUUAGUUCCAA